AUGUAUGGAAUGACAGGCUUCGUUGACUUCAGACAAGUAUUCGAUAGUGUCAUCAGCGAAAAGUUACGGGCCGUCAUGCAAGGUUACGGCAUCCCUAGUAAGUACGUCAACAUCAUCAGAGACCUGUAUGAUCAGAGCUUAAGCAACAUCCUUGAGGGUAGAAGAACGUCAGACUGGUUCGAAAAACACACGACAAAAGAAAAGGACUGCGUUGGAAUCUCACCACUGUCCUCAGUAGAAGACCUGGACUAUGUGGAUGACAUCGCACUCUUAGCAAGCAGGCACAGUGACAUCCAGGAGAAGACAUCCCGCCUUCACGACAUAGCUAAAGCAGUACGUCUUAACACCAACCCCGGCAAAACCAAGACCAUGCGCCUGAACUGCAAAAAGAACGAUCCGAUCACUGUUGGCGGCAAUGACCUAGAAGUCAUCGAAGCAUUCACAUACCUCGAUGCAGUGUUAGAUAAGUAA